AUGACGAGCUUAGUAAAUAAGCCCCUCGGUCGUUUCCGCAAACAUGGAUCUCACAAGCCGCUCCAUGAGAGAUGGGGAGACGUGGGCAUCACUGUUCCGACCGAGGGAUCCUGGAACCAGUUGGAUAACCCUCAUCGGUCGUCUGACCGACGACCUGUCCAUGACAUCUCGAGUCGAGGACACCGAGACCAAGCCAUUGUCCCGACCGAAGACGACCGCCAUGCUUCCCAAUCUAGCUCAUUCUCCGUGAAGGCAUUGAACCCUCGCCGUCUCUCCAUGCGCAUCAGCCAGCGGUCCAAACAGACCACAGAUUGUCCCAAGGAAGACGACCGUCAUACCAAAGCCGAACGACGGGUGUCUCAGUUCUCUUACCGACCUAUCCAGCAAGACUAUCCGACCGAGAUGGCCGAGAAAGCCGCCAGGCAGAGCCAGCAUGCUCCCAGGUUUCGGUAUAUCCCUACCGGACCGGGCUACGCCGAGGAGCUGGGGCUGGGGGCUCCGCGAAGGCUGUCCAGCUGCCGGGAGAGUGCCCAGAGCAGCUAUGCUAGCGAGUCGACGGACAGAGGGACGCGACACAGCUAUCGUCGUAGUCCCAUUGGAGGGGAUGCUUACGAGGAAUAUGAUGAAGACGGGUAUCAUGGGGAGAUGUAUCCGCGGCCCUUGUCAAUCCAACGACGGGACCGAAGCAGUGUGGACUAUAGCCGACGGGCCAGUCCAUCGCUGGGAAGAAGCCUGGCACCGUCCACGGAGCAGCGGGGUCGAUCUGGGAGGUACCUGACUACCGCCAUGGUUCCGGAUGCGGAGGAUAUUUAUUAG